AUGAAGAGCUUCACCUACCAUCUCCUCACUGGCCGUUGGUUCAUGAUCUUUGCCUCUUGUAUAAUCAUGGCAUUCUCAGGAUCCUCCUACAUGUUUGGUUUAUACUCUAACGAAGUCAAAACCUCUUUGGGUUACGACCAAUCAACUCUCAACUUAAUAAGCUUCUUCAAAGACCUUGGUGUCAACAUUGGAAUUUUGCCAGGACUAAUCAACGAGUUCAGCCCCCCUUGGGUUAUACUAGCCAUUGGUGCUGCCAUUAACUUCAUUGGUUACUUCAUGAUAUGGCUCUCUGUCACUGCACGCAUUGCUAAACCACAAGUUUGGCAAAUGUGUCUCUACUUUUACAUUGGUGCUAAUUCACAAUCUUUUUCCAAUACUAGUACCCUUGUCAACUGUGUCAAAAGCUUCCCACGAAGUCGAGGUUAUGUUAUUGGCCUUCUCAAGGGUUAUGUGGGUCUAAGUGGUGCUAUUUUCACUCAGCUAUACCAUGCCUUCUAUGGUGACAACUCCAAAGCUCUUAUCUUCUUCAUUGGUUGGCUUCCCACAGUCAUUUCCUUCAUUUUCCUUCCAACAGUUCGUGUGUUGAAUAUAGUGCCACAACUUAAAGAGAUCAAAGUCUUUUACAAGCUUCUAUAUAUUUCACUUGGGGUUGCUGGUUUUCUCAUGGUUUUGAUAGUCAUACAAAACAAGUUGACUUUUACUAGUGUUGAGUAUAUAGUGGAUAGCAUGUUGGUUCUUUUCUUGCUUCUUCUCCCACUUGUCCUUGUAUUUAAAGAAGAACUCAAAAUCUGGGAGGCUGAAAUCCAAGCCUCCAUUGAUGCAGAUGAUUCCCAAUUGAAAGUAGUGACUCAUGUUCCACCUUCAGUUAUGAAACAGCCACAGCCAGAAACACAAGACGCACAAGGUUCCACAAGCCCUCAAAGGGAAAUGUCUUGUGUAAGCAACAUGUUCAAACGUCCAAAUAGGGGUGAGGAUUACAAUAUCUUCCAAGCUCUUUUCAGCAUUGACAUGUUGAUUUUGUUCAUUGUGACAACAUGUGGUGUUGGUGGAACGUUGACGGUUCUUGACAACUUGGGACAGAUUGGCAACUCAUUGGGGUACUCCAAAAAAAGCCUUUCAUCGUUUGUGUCACUUGUGAGUAUAUGGAACUAUUUGGGAAGAGCAGCUUCUGGCUUUGCCUCUGAAUUCUUUUUGACCAAAUACAAGUUCCCUCGUCCCUUAAUGCUCACACUUGUUAUGCUUCUCUCUUGUGUUGGCCAUCUUUUUAUCGCCUUUGGUAUCCCAAACUCUCUUUACUUUGCUUCAGUGAUUACUGGGUUUUGCUUUGGGGCUAUAUGGCCUUUGAAUUUUGCAAUUGUGUCUGAAUUAUUUGGCCUCAAAUACUACUCAACGUUGUUUAGUUUUGGGGCAGUGGCAAGCCCUCUUGGGACCUAUAUACUGAAUGUGAAAGUGGCUGGUUAUUUUUAUGAUAAAGAGGCACUGAAACAAUUGGAGAUGAAGGGACUCACAAGACAACAUGGGAAGGAGUUAAGUUGCAUAGGAGUAGAUUGUUAUAGGAUGGCUUUUAUCAUAAUCACCAUAGCAACGUUGGUUGGUUGUUUCUUUUCUUUUAUUUUGGUGUUAAGGACUAAAAAGUUUUACAAAGGUGAUAUUUAUGAAAAAUUCAGAGUAGAACAAGACCCACCAGGGACUCUUGCAACUGGCGCCAAUUCCGACACCACAGAUUGCAAGGAAGAACCUGAUAAAAUCAAUGGAAACUGA